AUGAAGCUGGCAAUCCCACAUGUUUCGAAACGACCUAUCGCUGCUCGCAUUGGCCUCUGUGUUCAUAGCACCCUCAGAAGAAGUUAUGGCUCACAAGACCCGUACCCAUUCCCCAGUUCCAAUACCGGGUAUACCGGCAACCAAGUCAACAAUGGCGAUGCCGGUAGGCCUAGAAACAGCUACAAACACGGAAAUCCACCCAAGAAACGACGGCAGCAACCAAACAAUCCGAAUCUGAAUUCGGCUUCAACCCCAGUUGCUAGGUACACCCACCAACCCCGCCAGAGAUGGAUGAACGUCAACCCAGCACGAGCCUCCAUAAACAUCUACAGACAUAGGCUCCUCUCCGUCCAAUACUGUUCCGCUGUUCUCCUCCUCCGUACCCACGGAAUCCUUCUGAAUCCCUUCCAUCCACUGCUACGCACUGCCCUCCAGCGUCACCAGGAGACAUACGAGAUAGGCUACUUCUUCCAUCUACAUACAUCUUCCAAACUCGUUACGGGGAAACAAUCCAGCGUUCGAAAGGGUAUCCGAGGGAAAGUCCGUGCAGCAUGGGAACAAGUCCUCACAAAACGAGGAUACGAUGUAAAGACCGGUAAAUUCACGGGUCAUCUAAAACCGGGGUUCGACAGAUCGCUGGGACAUGUUAUAUUACCCGACCUCAAAGGGACGGUAUCUAUAAACCCCAGCGAAGCAUGCAGUAACGCCCCGUACCAGGAUAUCAUAGCCGCCUGCGAACACGGACUCGAAGCCGUGCUGAAUUGUAAACAUAGGAAUAUGACGUUGGAGGAAUGGAUGAAACCUGAGAAUCUAUGGAGGUUUUAUGAUUGGAAGAGACGGGAUUUGUUGAACAAAUAUAUGGCUAUGGGGCAUGGUCUUGGUCAUAGUAACGAGGCUUCACAAAUCUUUAGGUCAGCACUUAUCGGCCUAAGAAGUGGGAAGACAGAUAUCAGGAUGAAUGGGAAGAGGACACCUGAGGGAGGGUACCUUGUGGACCUCGAUGGCGAAACAUUUGAUCUCGCACCGCUCAGGGGACCCUCGCCACAGAAAUCAGAUCUGGAGCAACGUCAGUUUAAUGACGAUGAUACUAAGCUUUUCCAAGAAGCAUUCGAAAAGGGUGACGUCGAUAUGGAAGGGUUGUUUGGGGGGGCUAAUGACGAUGAGUUUGGCAGUGGUGGCUUGGAUUGGGGCCUUGACGAUAUAGAACCCGAGGGUGAUUCUCGGUCAGCGUCGGGGGAAGCCACCAAAAAGCAACCGCAAUACCUAGACGAUUUUUAG